UGGGGAACACAGACACCAAACCCCCUGAGGACAAAUCCCAUCUCAAACAGCCUUUUGCUCUGGCAGGACACACCUUACCUGCAUCCACCUAAGCCAUACCCCAUAAACUGUUACACCUCGGAUCCCAUAAAGCACCUACGUACACUUCCGAAAUCUUUCAUCCCUGACAGAUCCUGAAGCACUUCAAAGAUGACCAGAAACAAGCAGUUUAUUUGUUUUUAGCAAACAUUGCCACCCUCAGAGUGAGCUGGAACCCAGGGGAGUGGAGUCGGUAUAAAUGGGAAGGCCCAGCAGAAUUCCCCAGCUGGUCCCUGCUGCCCUGGCCACGCUGGCACCAUGAGGGGCACGGUGCUGGCUCUGGGCUGCCUCGCUCUGCUGCUGCUGCUGGCCCGGGGAGGGGAAGGGGAAGGGAACAAGGUGAGGCUCUGUGGGAGAGACUUCAUCAGAGCCGUGGUGUUCACCUGCGGCGGCUCGCGCUGGAGGAGGCACCAGGACCUGAGGGGGAGUGAAAACCCCCAGCGUUUCCUGCACGAGGAUGAGGAUGAUGCUGACUUCUCCUCACACCCAGAGCCGAGGCUGGGGACCCACAGAGAACCCCUGGACGUCAAACCUGAGCAAGAAUUACAAAACAGCAGCAAAGUUUCUGUGCUCCACAAGCGUGAGGCAGCCGAGCUGCUGGCCACAUCCUGCUGCAACGUGGGCUGCAGCAGGACAGAGAUCAGCUCCCUGUGCUGA